AUGCAGGAAGGACAUGAAGACCACAGCACGCCAUACGCCACCGCUGCUGCUGCUGCUUCUCUCAGCUCUCGCCGCCACGCACGGUGAGAAGCCGCUGGUGAGUGCUGAGUGCCUUCAGUGCAUAUGCUUGGCCCAAGGCUGCGAUAUGGAAAAGGUGUGCACGGAAGCAGCGAUAAGUUGCGGCCCCUUCCAGAUCUCGAGGCCCUUCUGGCUGGACGGACAUCAGCCUGUCAUCCCGGGUGAUCUACAUACAGAUCUGUGGGCAUUUGAAAGGUGUGCUGAUGAUCCAUUUUGUUCUGCCCAGGCCGUAGAAGCUUACAUGACGAGAUACCAAAAGGACUGCAACAGUGACGGGCAAGUGGACUGUAUGGACUUCAUGUUAAUACACCUGUAUGGACCUGGAGGAUGUGAUGGAGAUAAAACGCAGGGGCCAAUCGGUAUAUUCAGAUCCUGCUGGGACUCGUACAAAAAACAGUCGUCCAAUAGCACUAGUCAAGCACUGCCUAAUUAGUAGUGACUACAUUAUAUUUUUCUUAUGUAGCAUUAGUGUAACGAAAUAAUAUUUAACUUUAAUUACAUGUACACAAAAAAUAAAGUAUAUUGACCCUAUCACAAUGCAAAGAAAGCUCAC